AUGAGUCACUCCGUUCCCGACCUCGACGCGAUAGGCAUCAAAGCCGAACACGACCUCGCGGACCAAUUCCGUCGCGAAGUCGCUCAACUCCUCGGACGCACCAACCUCAAUUUCCCCGGCGCACAACCUGUCAGCUUCUCUGCAAAACACUUAAUGGAGCUUCAAAAAGAAGAUUACUAUGUUUGUGAGAAGACAGACGGCAUCCGGUGCCUGAUGUAUUUUGCGCGCGGCGAUCCAGAGUCCGAGUCACCGGAGAUUCACUACUUGAUUGAUCGCAAGAACGACUACCGAUUCGUGCCAGGCCUACAUUUCCCUCUUCCAAACGACGAAACCUUCCAAUCCUACCACGUCGAUACAUUGGUGGACGGCGAGCUGGUUAACGACAUAUACGAGGACGGAUCCCAACAGCUCAAAUACCUAGUCUUCGACUGCCUCGUGCUAGACGGACAGAGUCUGAUGCACCGAACACUCGAUAAAAGACUCGCCUAUUUCAAAGAAAAGGUGCUGAAACCAUACAAUGCGAUGUACCGCAAGUUCCCCGACGAAAAAAAGCACCGCGCUUUCGCCGUCGAAGACAAAUCCACACAAGUCAGCUACGGCAUUGAGAUGAUGUUCCGCGAGAUUAUCCCGGCCGUCAAACAAAUUCACGGAAACGAUGGCCUGAUCUUCACUUGUCGAAGCACACCCUAUCGCAUUGGCACAGACGAGCACAUUCUCAAGUGGAAGCCCCCCGCCGAAAAUACCAUCGAUUUCCGCGUGCGCCUCGAGUUCCCCAUCCUUGAGCCUGAUACAGAUGACGAAGCAGAAGGUAUCUCAGAACCUUACGUCGAUUACGACGCUAUCCCAAUAUUCCAUCUCUUCGCCAUGCUGAACGCGGGCGAAUACCGCCAUUUCGCCGAGAUGUAUGUUACGCCCGCGGAAUGGGAGGAUCUGAAAGCCAUGCGUGUCCCGUUAGAUGAUGCCAUUGUCGAAUGUUACAAGGAUGAGAAUGCACGUUGGCGCUUCCAUCGCCUACGUGACGAUAAGCUUGACGCCAAUCAUAUCUCGACUGUUGAGAAGGUUUUGGAGAGUAUCGAGGACCGGGUCACUGAGGAUGACCUUAUUCGUUUGGCGCCUGUUAUCAAGACUGCUUGGAAGAAGCGGCAGGCGGGUGGUUCAGAAGGUGGUCGGGGCAUGCCAUCAAUGAAUGGCGGCGGUAUGAAGCGGAAAUUUGAAGAAUAA